GUCAGGCGCACGGUGGUCAGGCGUCAGUCCAGUCAGGUCAGCUGCUCGUCUUUGUGUGGCGAGGUGCGAAGCCGUCUGGCGGGUCAACGAGGGCGAGCUCGUCCCCCGGAGGAGUACCAGGGGGCCAACGAGGACACAAGGACGACACGCAGCCGCCACGAUGGAGCGCGCGGAAGACGAGGCCUUCGAGUGUGAAGUGUGCGGCAAGGCGUUCCCGGACGGCGGCAACCUGCGCCGUCACCUCCGAACACACACGGGAGAGAAGCCCUUCGAGUGCCCAGUGUGCGGCAAGAAAUUUGCGCGGAGGGGAAACGUUCAGACUCACCUGCGUAUCCACACAGGAGAAAAGCCCUUCGAGUGCUCAGUGUGCGAUGCGAAGUUCACGCAAAGCGGAGAUCUGCAAAAACACGUCCGGAUCCACACGGGAGAGAAGCCGUUCGAGUGCAACGAGUGCGACAAAACGUUUGCGGUGAACUAUUCACUUCGAAUACAUCUCAGAACGCACACGGGCGAGAGGCCUUUUGAGUGUAACUUGUGCGAAAAGAAGUUCGCAACGAGUAGUGCCCUGCAUUCGCAUCUGCGGGUGCACACGGGAGAAAAGCCACACCAGUGCAAAGUUUGCGAAAAGAAAUUUGCACAAUCUAAACAAUUAAAAAGUCAUGUUCGCUGCCAUACAGGCGAGAAGCCUUUUGAAUGCAGUCUGUGCAAUAAGAAAUUUGGAACAAGUAAAAGAUUGCGACUUCAUCUGCGGACCCACACAGGAGAGAAGUCCUUCGAGUGUGCCGAGUGCAACAAGACAUUUUCGUGCUGGUCAGCUUUGCGUUCACAUAGCCGCACCCACACAGGAGAGAAGCCCUAUCACUGUAAAGAGUGCAGUAAAGCAUUUGCGCACAGUGCAAGUCUGCUGACGCAUAGCCGAACGCACAUCGGAGAGAAGCCACAUGCGUGUACCUUGUGCGAAAGGAAAUUUUCACGAAGUGACCAUCUCCAAGUGCAUUAUCGAACUCACACUGGAGAGAGGCCCUUCGAAUGCACGGUCUGCGGUAAGAAAUUUGCACAUGAUGUCACUCUUCUAAUUCAUCUCAAGUCGCACACGGAAGAGAAGCCUUUAAAGUGUACGUUCUGCGACAAGAAGUUUGCGCAUUCUAGUGGUUUGCGUGCUCACCUUCGUGUGCACACGGGAGAACAGCAUUAUAAAUAUGAGUGCUCUGUAUGCAACAAGAAGUGUCAGACCAGUUCGAAUCUUCGUGCACACAUCCGCACACACACGGGAGAAAAGCCCUUCGAGUGCGGUGUGUGCAACAAGAAAUUUAGGGAAAGUGGAAAACUUAAAACUCAUCUCCGAACCCACACGGGCGAGAAGCCGUUCGAGUGCGUCGUGUGCAACAAGAAGUUUUCGCAAAGCAGUCAUUUGCGCACACAUCGGCGAACGCACACGGGAGAGAGGCCUUACGAGUGCACCGAGUGCGACAAAAAGUUUCCGGAGCCUGGCGCUCUAGCUGUGCACCUCCGCACCCACACCGGAGAGAAGCCCUUCGAGUGCAGCGUGUGCAGCAAGAGAUUCAGGCAACAGCCGCAUCUCUACAUGCAUCUCCAGACCCAUACCGGAGAGAAGGAGUACGAGUGCACGGAGUGCGAAGUGAAGUGUGUGAACGCCAGCAAUUUGCGGGCACAUCUCCGAACUCACACGGGAGAGAAGCCUUUCGAGUGCGCCGUGUGCCGCAAGAAGUUUGCACAGAGUUGUUCGCUGAGUCGGCACCUCCGGACCCACACUGGGGAGAAGCCGUACAAGUGCACCGAGUGCGGCAAGACAUUCGCGGACCCGAGUACUAACAUGAUGGACCACCUUCGGAGGCAUUCGUUAUAGUUGUCGGGCUGUGGUUCGUGGCGCGCUCUAAAAUGUGUCUAUAUUUAU